CGGAUUUCGAGGAGCUGCGGAAUAUGGUAUCAAGUUUUCGAGUCUCUGAACUACAAGUGCUGUUGGGCUUUGCUGGACGUAACAAAAGUGGACGCAAACAUGACCUCCUGAUGAGGGCACUGCACCUGCUGAAGAGUGGCUGCAGCCCGGCGGUUCAGAUAAAGAUCCGAGAACUCUACAGGCGGCGCUAUCCCAGGACGAUAGAAGGCCUUUCCGACUUGUCCGCUAUAAAACCUCCGGUCUUCAACUUGGACAGCAGCUCGUCCCCCGUGGAGCCUGACCUGGGCGGGUUCCAGCCGCAGCCGAUACCCUCUACUUCAGUCACUCCUCAGUCCCCUUCCUCGCCACUUGGUUCAGUGCUGCUCCAGGAGACGAAGCCUCGCUUUGAGAUGCAGCAGCCGUCCCCACCGAUCCCACCGGUGCAUCCUGACGUCCAGCUGAAGAGCCUUCCAUUUUAUGAUGUCCUCGACGUUCUCAUCAAACCUACCAGCUUAGUACAGAGCAGUAUUCAGAGGUUUCAGGAGAAGUUCUUCAUCUUCGCUUUAACACCUCAACAGGUCAGAGAAAUCUGCAUUUCCAGGGAUUUCUUGCCAGGAGGCCGAAGGGAUUACACUGUGCAAGUUCAGCUGAGGUUGUGCCUGGCAGAGACCAGCUGCCCUCAAGAGGAUAAUUACCCUAGUAGUUUAUGCAUAAAAGUGAAUGGGAAACUUUUCCCAUUGCCGGGUUAUGCUCCACCACCCAAAAAUGGGAUUGAGCAAAAGAGACCUGGACGCCCACUGAAUAUUACGUCGUUAGUUAGGCUAUCCUCUGCAGUGCCAAAUCAGAUUUCCAUUUCUUGGGCAUCUGAAAUUGGAAAGAAUUACUCAAUGUCUGUGUAUCUUGUGCGCCAGCUCACUUCAGCCAUGUUAUUACAGAGGCUAAAACUGAAAGGCAUUCGAAACCCCGAUCAUUCAAGAGCACUAAUUAAAGAGAAACUCACUGCGGAUCCAGAUAGUGAAAUUGCCACUACCAGCCUGCGGGUGUCGCUGAUGUGUCCUCUAGGGAAAAUGAGGCUGACCAUCCCCUGCCGAGCUGUUACCUGUACUCACCUGCAGUGCUUUGAUGCUGCCCUCUAUCUCCAAAUGAAUGAGAAGAAACCUACCUGGAUCUGUCCUGUGUGUGACAAGAAGGCUGCUUAUGAGAGUCUCAUAUUAGAUGGGCUCUUUAUGGAAAUUUUAAAUGAAUGUUCAGAUGUAGAUGAGAUCAAAUUCCAGGAGGAUGGAAGCUGGUGUCCCAUGAGGCCGAAGAAGGAGUCUCUGAAAGUCGCUGGCCCACAGUGCACAAAAAUAGAAAGUUCCAGUGUUGUCGGAAAGCCAUGCUCCAUGCCAGUGGCCGGCAGCGAAGCCAGCAAGAAGAAAGUUGACGUCAUUGACCUCACCGUAGAGAGUUCAUCUGAUGAGGAAGACGAUAUGCCUCCCAAAAGAAAAUGCAUCUAUAUGUCUGAAACACAAGCAAGUCCCACCAAGGGGGUGCUCAUGUAUCAGCCAUCUUCUGUACGAGUCCCUGGGGUGAACACAGUGGAUCCUGCUGCUAUUCCGCCGUCAUUAACUGACUACUCUGUACCAUUCCACCACCCACCAAUAUCGAGUAUUUCGUCAGACUUGCCUGGUCUGGAUUUCCUUUCCUUAAUCCCAGUUGAUCCCCAGCAGUACUGUCCUCCUAUGUUUUUGGAUAGUCUCACCUCAACGUUGCCCACAAGCACCACCCCCGGCAACAUCAUCACCUCCACCAGCCACCACGAGAGCAGUACUCGCGUUAGCUCCUCAGGCCGGAGCGAGACGGCCGUCAUCACGAGCAGUGGGACCAGCAUUCCCGACAUCAUCUCCCUGGACUGAGCGCAAGAG